UCUAAUUCAUCUUUAUAUCUCUCUCUCUCUCAAAGAAAAAAAAAAAACAGUUUCUCCUUCUCUCUUUUUUUUAGCUUUUUGUUUUUCUUCAGCUAGCCAUGGAAGUAGAGUCAUCAUGUUUUUAUGAUAGAGAGAUGGAAGUGAAACUAUUUGACGAAACAAGAGCUGGAGUCAAAGGCCUUGUUGACUCUGGAGUCACCAAGGUCCCGAGAUUCCUCAUCCACCCACCAGAGAGUUUUCUCUUCAAAAAAGAAGAAAACACUCUGGUUUCGGCUGAUGAGGAAAAUAAUAAUAAUCAUUAUCAUGACCAACAUCAUGAUAAUGAUUAUGAUGACCAGGUUCCGAUCAUUGACCUCGAGGGUUUUGAUGAUGAUGUUGACACUACUAAACGAGGUUUAAUUGUUGGAAAAAUUCGAGAAGCGGCGGAGUCGUGGGGUUUCUUUCAAAUGAUUAACCAUGGAAUUCCUGAUUUUGUGAUGAACAACAUGUUGGAUGGUAUAAGAGAUUUUCAUGAACAACCUAAUGAGACUAAGAUAGCUUGGUACUCAAGAGAUCCAAAGAGAAGAGUUAGAUUCUAUUGUAAUGGAGAUUUGCUUGUUUCAAGAACAGCAAAUUGGAGAGACUCAAUUAUUUUCGAUUUCCAAGACGGUCCUUUAGAAAAGGACGCCUUUCCCCCGAUUUGCAGGGAGAGAGUGGAGGAGUACAUGAAGCACGUGUCGAGGGUUCGAGAAGUGUUGUCGGAGUUGUUAUCGGAGGCUUUGGGGCUAAACAAAGAGUACUUAGGAAAAAUAGAGUGUAUGAAGAGUGAGACUUUGGUGGGUCACUAUUACCCGCUUUGCCCGGAACCCGACUUGACCCAAGGAACUACCAAACAUUCGGACCCCUCGGCCUUGACCCUUCUUCUUCAGGACCAAAUGGGUGGCCUUCAAGUUCUCCGACGCAACCGGUGGGUUGAUGUUCCGCCCUUGCCCUCUGUUCUCGUGGCCAACGUCGGCGACCUCAUGCAGUUAAUAACGAACGAUAAAUUCAAAAGUGUGGAGCACAGAGUGGUGGCGAUGAAGAAUGGAGCUAGGGUUUCAGCAGCAUGUUUCUUGUAUCCAAGUGCUACACACAGAAACAAACCCUAUGGACCCAUUGAAGAGUUUCUAUCUGAGGAAGAACCUCCUAAGUAUACACAAACUACUAUCUUUGAUUAUCUUACUUAUUACAGGUCCAAGGGACUCGAUGGCAAUUCUGCUCUUCCUCAUUUUAGAAUUUAAUUAAUUUAUUAUAUAUAUA